AUGACAUCCCACCACAGUGAAUCAGAGAAGCCACAGAGCAACACAGCUCAAAUGCAGAUCAAUUAUGUCACUGGCCUCAGGCUAGGCCUGGUUGUGGUUUCGGUCACUCUGGUGGCGUUUCUGAUGCUCUUGGAUAUGUCCAUCAUUGUCACGGCGAUUCCUCAUAUUACCGCCCAGUUUCAUUCACUGGGCGAUGUCGGAUGGUACGGAAGUGCGUAUCUUCUAUCAAGCUGUGCCCUCCAACCCUUGGCAGGCAAACUAUACACUCUGUUGACCCUGAAAUCCACCUUCCUCGCUUUUCUUGGGUUGUUUGAGAUCGGUUCGGUUCUUUGCGGCACUGCUCGUUCAUCAACCAUGUUGAUUUUAGGGCGAGCAGUGGCCGGAAUGGGAGGGUCGGGUCUCACCAAUGGUGCAAUCACCAUUCUGUCGGCGGCAGCUCCAAAGCAACAGCAACCGCUCUUGAUUGGGAUCAUGAUGGGCCUAAGCCAAAUUGCCAUUGUAUGUGGACCGUUGCUUGGGGGUGCUUUCACGCAGCACGCAAGUUGGCGGUGGUGCUUUUACAUCAACCUUCCCAUUGGGGCGUUUGCCACAUUUCUCCUUCUCGUCAUCCAGAUCCCCAACAGACUGCCAUCCACGUCGGAUUCAACCACAGACGGCACAAACCCCCAGAGAAAAGGGGCUCGGGGUGUCUUGAACCAACUGGAUUUCCUUGGAUUCGUGCUCUUCGCCGGUUUUGCGAUCAUGAUAUCUCUUGCUUUGGAGUGGGGUGGGUCUGCUUAUGCGUGGAAUAGUUCCGUGAUUAUCGGCUUGUUCUGUGCGGCGGGCGUGUCGCUGGUGCUGUUCGGAUGCUGGGAACGGCAUGUCGGCGGUGCAGUGGCCAUGAUUCCUAUUUCCGUGGCCAGUCAUCGCCAAGUCUGGUGCUCCUGCUUCUUCCUCGGCUUGUUUUCCGGGGCCCUACUUAUUUUCUCCUACUACCUACCUAUCUACUUCCAGGCAGUCAAGAAUGUUUCUCCCACCAUGAGUGGAGUGUAUAUGCUGCCGGGCAUUGGUGGACAGAUCGUCAUGGCGAUUGUGACGGGUGCAAUCAUCGGUAAAACAGGCUAUUACGUUCCGUGGGCGCUCGCAAGCGGGAUCCUUGUGUCCAUAUCCGCCGGACUGGUAUCGACCUUCCAGCCACAAACCUCGACUGCAGCAUGGGUCAUGUAUCAGUUCCUGGGAGGCAUCGGUCGAGGAUGCGGAAUGCAAACCCCUGUCGUCGCCAUUCAAAAUGCGCUGCCUCCUCAAACAAGCCCCAUCGGCAUUUCGCUAGCCAUGUUCGGACAGACCUUCGGCGGCUCGCUUUUUCUCACCUUGACCAAAUUGGUUUUUAGCAAUGGUUUGUACUCUGGUCUGCACCAAUAUGCGCCAACCCUCAAUGCACAGGAGGUAACAGCCGCAGGGGCCACCGGCUUCCGCCAAGUGGUCCCGGCUCCUCUCAUCUCUCGGGUCCUCUUAGCAUACAGUAAAGGAGUGGACCAUGCAUUCUACGUUGCGGUCGGUGCGUCUGGAGCUACCUUCAUAUUCGCCUGGGGUAUGGGCCGGCUUACCUGGAGAGGCUGGCGGAUGCAGGAGAAAGGACGGAGCGAAUGA